GAGUCUGUAUGGCCGACGACCUGCCAAAAUGCUGCGGCAGACGUGCACAUCAUGGGCGUUGCCCAUCAUAUUCGCUAUCCUGGUCAUGCUCACUAGCCCGUUCAUAGUAGCCUCUCAAGCUGCGAAGCUGCGUCGUGCCAACUCUUACCAGAAUAUCCACCUUCGGGCAGAUCCUCCUCGUCAGUCGGAUAACUACACACAGCUGGUGCAAUGGGACAACUACACCCUGUUCUUCAACGAUCAGCGAAUGUUCCUGCACUCAGGCGAAUUUCACACUUUUCGUCUUCCCGUUCCUGACCUUUGGCUGGAUAUCUUUCAAAAGAUGGUUGCUGCCGGCCAAAACGGCGCCAGCAUCUAUAUCCACUGGGGCGUAUCUAAUCCUUCCCCGGGGGUUAUUGACUUCAAUGAUUGGAGAGCCUUACAACCCAUCUAUGACGCUGCUAAGCAGGCGGGUAUCUUCAUCACUCUUCGUCCCGGCCCAUAUAUCAACGCUGAAACAAAUGCGGGGGGCUUCGCUCUCUGGGCGACAAGCCAAGUCGCUGGUACACUGCGCACUAACGCUAGCGACUACCAUCAGGCGUGGAUUCCUUACAUUACUGGGAUCGCAGAGAGCGUCGUCGAGAAUGAAGUCACGAAUGGCGGUCCAAUUCUACUUCUCCAGAUCGACAACGAAUACUCGCAAUCGGCCCUAAGCGGCGCAUACUUUGAGCAGCUCGAGAAUGCUUAUCGGGGCUCCGGGGUUCAGAUUCCUCUGACAUAUAAUGACCCAGGAGAAGGAAAGAGCUUCGUAAAUGGGACUGGCGCUGUGGACAUCUAUGGACUGGACGCCUAUCCUAACGGGUUUGAUUGCUCUAAUCCACAUGUAUGGAGCCCUCUGCCUACCGACUACCAUGGGUACCACGAGACGACCGACCCAAGCGAGCCUUGGUACAUGCCAGAAUUCCAAGGUGGCUCGUUUGACCCUUGGGGAGGACCUGGGUACGACGCCUGUGAGACUUUGACAGGACCGGACUUCAUGAAUGUGUUCUACAAGAACAAUUGGGCGGCGAAUGUGAAGCUUGUGUCGUACUACAUGACCUUCGGCGGAACGAGCUGGGGAGGGCUUCCCGAGCCUACCGUUUACAGCAGCUACGAUUACGGCGCGCCCAUCCGCGAGACCCGAGCUCUCAGCGACAAAUAUGACGAGCUGAAGCGCCAAGGCCUUUUUUUGCGCAGCUCGCCCGACUUCUAUAAGACUGAUUGGGUAGGCGACACCGACACGACGAUGCCAGGUGUAACAGUGAACGGCUCGGACGUCUAUGUAACCUUACUACGCAACCCCGAUACUGCGUCCGGUUUCUACAUAGCACGGCAAGUGAACACCAGUUCCACCGAGGAAAUCACCUUCCGCAUUACCGUGCCCACGUCUGCUGGAACGCUAUCUUUGCCUCAGGAGGCCGACUCGAUCGCGCUCAAUGGACGCCAGAGUAAGGUCAUCGUGACCGACUACUCAUACGGAGCGCAAUCGAGCGUUCUCUACUCUACAGCCAGCAUCCUAUUCGCUGGUACCAUUGGCAACCGCGAUGUUCUUUUCCUCUAUGGCGACUCUGAUCAGUCCCACGAAGUCUCCCUGACCCUGUCAGGUAAUGGAGACCGCGCGAACGCAUCUGUCGCAUCCUUCCACAGUGGUGCCGCCGCAACGUCGAGUCCUGUCACUAUCAGCCUGCUCCGUGGCAUCAAGGGCGCAGUGCCGAUCUGGGCGUCCGACACACAGCUCGUAUUGUUCGCUGAUCCUAUCACGGCUGCGACGUUCUGGGCACCCGUCAUCCCGUCAUCGAGUGCCACCGCGUUCAACAACUACUGGCAGUUCGGGUCGAACGAAACCGUGCUCGUCGGUGGACCCUACCUGGUCCGCAACGCCAGCAUCUCGUCCGGACAUCUCGCUUUGCGAGGCGAUCUGAACCAAAGUGUUGUUCUCACUGUAGUGGCACCCGAGGACGUCACAUCUGUCUCGUGGAAUGGCGCCGACAUCGCCGUGCUGCCUCAGUCAAAGGGCAUCCUCGCUGCAAAUAUCUCGACCAGCAUCUCACCAGAGUCGAUCAGCGUCCCGGAGCUUACGGGGUGGAAGUAUGCUGAUAGUCUUCCCGAAGUAUCUACGAACUAUUCUGACGCCGAUUGGGUUGUUGCGAACCACACGACUACGAACAUUUCCCCCGCCAUGCUGUACGGAGAUGGUCGAGUCCUAUUUGGCUGUGACUACGGAUAUUGUGAAAACAUUGUCCUCUGGCGCGGUCACUUCAAUGGGACUGGCGCCGAAACCUCCGUCAACCUCACGAUCACUGGUGGUAUUGGCUUUGCUGGAUCUGUCUGGCUCAAUGGUCGCUUCCUCAAUUCCACGUGGAGCGUUUCGGGCGAGCAGAGGACGGCUGUCUAUACGUUCCCCGAAGACGCGAUAUUCAUCAGCCAAGAAAAUGUUAUCACCGUGGUGCAGGAUAAUUCUGGUAACGAUGAAGGAGACUCCGCCAAAUCGCCUCGUGGUAUCUCUGGGUUCCAGUUAAACAGUGGAAACUUCACGGAAUGGCGAGUGCAAGGCAAGUUUGGUGGCUAUAAUGGGUACCCAGACAAGGUUCGCGGCGUCCUGAAUGAAGGAGGACUAUAUGGCGAGCGCCAAGGCUGGCACCUACCAGGAUACGAUACCUCCAACUGGACGAGCCGCGAUCUGUCCGAAGGUCUUUCCGGGCCCGGCAUCGGCUUCUUUGUAACAACCUUCGAUCUGUCCAUUCCUCAGGAGACAGAUGCGAUGUUGUCGUUCCAUUACGACACAAGCAAUCAGACCUACAGGGCGCUACUAUAUGUCAACGGUUGGAACUACGGCAAGCGUGUGGCCAACAUGGGGCCGCAAACCAAGUUCCCCGUACCUCCGGGCAUCUUGGACUACCAGGGCACUAACACCGUCGCGGUGGCUGUCUGGGCGCUCACCGAUGAACCUGUGUCGCCCACGCUCAAGCUGGUUGUCGAGGCCGUGGUUGAGGGAGGCGUAGGCCCAAUCCACGCCAACAACCCUGCGUGGUCACCCCGCGAUGUUGCCUAACCAUGAGCGUAGGCAGCUGCCAUCCGUGUCAGCGAACGGCAAGCGAACUCCGUGAGUUAGCACCCUCCAUUGGUCGGGUUCCUUGAGCUGUAUAUGUUACCUUGUUGCUUUUCAAUGUAUCCAUAUAUGUGCGAUGUUCACGCACCAGCGCUUGAACUGUUGCAAGGCCAAUGCCCAAAGUUUUGGCACUGGCAA